GUUUGGGCUCCCAGUCGAUGCUGUUCACCCCGAUUAGCACCAGUGCUCAGUUUACCAUGAUGGGCACAAGCCCUAAUCACAUCUUCCUUUCACCCAUCACGGAGGUGAGGAUGGACCCACAGAGUCAGCAACAUCAGCAUCAACAGCAACAGCAGCAGCAGCGACAGACUCACAUGCACUGUCCACAGAAUCAGCAGCAAAUUCUACUGCAGCAUGAUUCAGGACGACCAGGCCAGGCCAUGAUGCUAGCUCCAACAAGCCCAGGCUCUCAGCUAACCCUGAUCAGUUCCAGCCCCAACCAGAUCUUCCUCUCCCCCACCAGCAUGGAACUACUGCCUUCACCCCAACAGCCACAGCAGCAGUGCCAGCAUCAAGAGCAAUCCCUGCACUUCUUGGGUGUGCCACAUUCUUCCUCCGACUGA